UUCAGUAGUUCUGACAGACUGGAGCUGCAGGAUUGAGCCAUGCGGGUAGCGGUCAUCGGCGCCGGGGUCAUCGGCCUCUCCACGGCCCAGAGCAUUUACCAGCGUUUUCACGACAAGGUCGGUCCCCUGAAUAUAGACGUCUACGCUGACGUCUUCACUCCACUGACCACCAGUGACGGGGCGGCGGGACUGUGGCAGCCGUACCUCUACGACAAGGGCAACGUCCAGGAAACGAAAUGGAACAAAGAAACGUUUGACUACCUGCUGAGCUUCCUCAGCCGUCCUGAAGGUGUGGAGAUGGGGAUAUUCCUGCAGUCCGGGUACAACCUGUGUACCAAGAAAGUCCCGGAUCCCUCGUUUAAAGACAUCGUUUUGGGUUUUCGUGAGCUCACCGAGCGUGAGCUGGAUAUGUUCCCGGGAUACAGUUUUGGCUGGUUUAACACCGCAUUAAUGCUGGAGGGGAAGACCUACCUGCCGUGGCUCAUGAACUGGUUGACAAAACGAGGUGUGAAGUUUCACCAGAGGAAGAUCAGCUCAUUCCAAGAGCUGGCAGAAGGAGGCGCGGACGUCAUCGUGAACUGCACGGGCGUUCGAUCGGGCGAUCUCCAACCCGACCCCAAGCUCACCCCAGGUCGAGGCCAGAUCAUUAAGGUUGAUGCUCCAUGGCUGAAGCACUUCAUCCUGACUCACGAUUUUGAAAAAGGAGUCUACAACUCCCCCUACAUCAUCCCAGGGAGUCGACUGGUGACUUUGGGUGGAAUUUUUCAAGUGGGAAACUGGACGACGCAGAACAACUCCACCGACCACAAGGAUGUCUGGGAGAACGCCUGUAAACUGGAGCCCAGCCUGAAACACGCUCGGAUCAUAGAAGACUGGACGGGUCUCAGACCUGUACGCAGUAAAGUCAGACUGGAACGAGAGACCGUCCGUGCUGGACCCAACACCAUCGAGGUGAUUCAUAACUACGGACACGGAGGCUACGGUUUGACGAUCCAUCGCGGCUGCGCCGAAGAAGCUGCUGGACUUUUUGGAGAGAUCCUGCAGCGGAAAACCAGCGCUAAAUCCCGACUGUAGAACCAGUUCCUUAAUCUGUGAACGCUGCAUGUGUGAAGUCGUGCACUAAGAUUUAAAUCUGCACUCUAUUUAAAUAUGACUUAGCUACCAAACCCUGAGUAUAGAUAGAUUUCAGUGUCACUUAUAUCACAAAUUUGAUCUGAUUUCUUACAAAUUAUAAUCCAGAUCUAAUCUCCUUCUGUUUCUUCUUGCUGUCUGAGUUUAAAAAAAAUUAUAAUAAUAAGACAUUUGUUUAUAAGUGAGGGGGACAGAAUUACAUUUGUUUAAAGCUAACUUUGUGGCAACAGUUUGGGGAAGGCCCUUUUACAAAGCAGGGUCCAUCCAUGAAGGCGGAACCAUGUUUUUUUUUAAGCAAACUCCACACAGAAAGGACCCGGACCGCCCCACCUGGGGAUCGAACCCAGGAGCUUCUUGCUGUGAGGCGACAGUGCUACCCAUUUAGCCACCGUGCCGCCCCACUGAAUUAUUUAUAUACAUAUUUAUUUAAUAUAGAAGAUGAAUAAUGUAUGUAAUAUGUCAUAUACACUUUGUAACCAAGUCAUAACAAUAAAAAUGAUUCAAAAAGGAUGUGGACACCCGA